AUGGGCGACGCCAGCGACUUUGUCCGCCUUCACAUCUCGCCGCUUGACGCCGAGCUGGUCAAGGUCGUGAUCCCCGCCGCGGUGCUGCCCUCGGCGCGCAACAUCUCCUACCACACCCUCGAGACGUUCCCCGAGAGGCGGUACGGCUUCGUCGACUUGCCGGCAGAGGACGCGGAGAAGCUGAGGCGGAAGCUCAACGGGACGACGCUCAAGGGCUGCAAGAUGCGCGUUGAAAAAGCCCGUCCGGAGACGCGGAUCGAGCCCACCGGGGCAGAAGAUGCGGUCGUCGAGCUGAAGAGGAAAAAGGCCAAGGACGACAAGGACAAGUCCAAGAAGCGGAAGCGGGAGCCGGAUGUCCUGGAGGGCGUGGCGCUGCACGAUCGCCAUGUGAAGCGAGGAUGGACCGAGCCGCCGACUACAAACAAGAGGAAGAACAGAAAGGACAAGGAGGGCAAAGACAAGGACAAGGCGAAGGAGAAGGAGAAGAAGAAGCGCCCCAAGUCCAAGUACACUGAAGGGGAGGAGUGCUUGCUAAAGACCAAGCUGCCGCCGAAUACAAUCAAGAACUUGGCGCCAGAAGAGCUGGAGCACAAGAAGAGGAGCAAGAAGAAGGGCAGCAGCUCGCGACAGGUCGUCAUCCACGAGUUUGAAAAGACGACAAAGUUCCCCAGCUUUCUCAAGACUUCUACGACAACGGAUCGGAAGCCGGCGGCGGAGUUUGUCGAGGGCAAGGGAUGGGUGGAUGAGGAGGGCAAUCUCGUGGAAGAAGUGAAGGAGAAGGAGAAGGAGAAGAAGAAGAAGCUUCCUCAGCGGCCGAAGAAGGCCCCUCUACCGAAGAAAACGCCUGUGGAAUCGGACGAUGAUGAUAGCACCAGCAGUAGCGGUACUUCAUCAGAAGGCACUUCAUCUGAAGACGAAGACGAGUCCGAGGCAGAGUCCGAGGCAGACACGAAAUCACCUGUGAAGAAGGAAACGACGAAGAAGGAAGCGGCAGAAGUCCCCUCCGAAGAACAAGAUACCAAGCAAAAGGACCAAUCUUCAAAGGCGACAGACCAAGCAACACCACCGUCCUCCUCCAAAACACCCGCCUCCAAAUCCACCCCCCAAAGCACCAAACCCCUCGCCAUCAAAAUCCCUCCCCCCGAAACCCCGACAAACAGCAACACCAAAGUCCACCCCCUCGAAGCCCUCUACAAGCGGCCCAAGCCCGACGGCAACAGCAGCAACAACGACCCCACGUCCGCCCCCAAGGAGGCAGAGCCAUUCAGCUUCUUCGGCGCAGCCGACGACGAAGACAUCGACGAGGAGACUCCUUCCGGAACCACUGCUGCUUCUGCUCCCGCCGCCAACCUCGCGCCCAUGACGCCCUUCACCAGGCAGGACUUUGAAUGGCGCAACGUCCGGAGCGCUGCCCCGACGCCCGAUACCGCGCAUCCUUCGCGCGCGCAGCGCUUCUGGGGCGCAUCGCCUGACGAUGAUGAGGACGCCGAGAUGGAGGACGACGGUCAAGAAGACGAGGAUGAUGAUGAUGAUGAUGAUGAAGGAGAGGCGAAUCCCGCGCAGGGACGACAGUCCGCCACGACAGAUUUUCAAAAGUGGUUCUGGGAGAACCGCCGGGAUUUGAAUCGCUCGUGGAUGACGCGCAGGAAGACGGCGGCCAAGGAGAAGAGGCAUCGGGAGAAUAAGGCGCGGGCGUCCAAGGCUGUAUGA